AUGGCAGCUCGUCAUGGCAACACGCGACUGACGGAUGUCCCUAUUACCACAGGAGCCUACGGUGUCGUCUACAAGGCUCGAGAGCUGAAACAUCCUAACCGUAUCGUUGCUCUGAAAAAGGUCCGACUCAAUGCCGAGGAUGACGGAGUCCCUGCUACAGCCAUGCGAGAAAUCUCCCUUCUCAAAGAAAUGAAGGACCCUAGUAUUGUCCAGUUGCUGAAUAUUGUACAUGCCGAUAGCCACAACCUCUAUCUUGUCAUGGAGUUCUUAGACAUGGACCUGAAGAAAUAUAUAGACUCUCUGCCUGUCAGCGAAGGUGGCCGCGGCAGACCUCUACCAAACGGAUUCAGACCGAGACUCGGUCUAGACGAAGCGAUAGUGAAAAAGUUCAUGGCACAACUGCUUGAGGGAGUCCGCUAUUGCCACGGUCAUCGUAUUCUACAUCGUGAUUUAAAGCCGCAGAACUUGCUCAUUGACCGCGAGGGAACCCUGAAAUUGGCUGACUUCGGACUGGCUCGAGCUUUCCGUAUUCCGCUGAGGAAGUAUACUCAUGAGAUUGUGACCUUAUGGUAUCGUUCCCCCGAAAUUCUUCUUGGGGGUCCUCGGUACUCCACCGGCGUCGAUAUGUGGUCUGUGGGAGCUAUUUUCGCUGAGAUGUGCACCCGCCGGCCGCUCGUCCCUGGUGACUCGGAGAUUGACCAAAUCUUCCAGAUAUUCCGUCUCCUUGGUACUCCGGACGAAGAGAACUGGCCCGGUGUCACUGCGUACCCCGACUACAAAGCCACUUUCCCCAAAUGGAAGCGGAUCCGCACCAUUCUAGUUCCAGGCCUAGAGAGUGCUGGCUGCGAGCUACUAGAUGCUCUUCUCCAAUAUGACCCCGCGACAAGACUUUCCGCAAAGCAGGCUUGCCUCCAUCAUUACUUUCCUAAUGGAAGUUCAUACUACUCCGGGCGCAUCCACCCUAGAUAUAUUGGGACCUGA